AUGCCUCUGACCUUGAGCGCGGCGCCAGCGCGCGCAUCGUGCGGCGCGGGGCGUGUGCCAGGCGCGGUGCCGGCGCGGCCGCACGCCCGCUCCCACACCGUGAAUGCGCGGAAGUAUGCGAAGGGUGCGGGGGCUGCGGCAGCCCGGCGGGCCGGCCGGUUCGUGGCCUGCCGUGCGCAGGAGAGCGGGUCGGCUGGGGGCCCGGAUGAGGAGAAGCUCAAGCAGCUCAUGGCGCUGGACCAGCUCAUCGACCUCCUGAUGGCUGCGAAGACCUCCGACGAGCUCGCGAAGCUCGUCGGCGAGAACAUCCUGUCCUUCGACCAGAAUCUCUGGAUGCGCAUCGCCGCUCGCGCAGAGACCGCGUCGUCCGAGGAGGAGCGCGCCCGUCUGUCGGACCUGGCGCGCGCGUCGAUGCUGCUCGUCGAGGCGAUGGUCAAAAACACCGAACAGACCAUGGGGCAGUCCGGCGAGGUGCUCCAGGAGGUGCUCGCGGCGGGGGCGAACGACCGCGGGGAGUGGGAGCUCCCGCUGCCCGCGGAGGCGGUCGAGAGGAUGCGCGCGGUGCUGCACGAGCGCGCGGAGGAGGGCCGCGUGGACGAGGCGAUGCUGGCGAACGGGUUCGCGUGGAUGCGCAAGGCGUCGGACGACGGGCUCGACGGCAUGGUCGCGCUCAUCCAGAAGGUGCUGCAGCUGUACGCGGCGAUGGAGCUGAGUCAGGGCGCGGGCGGCGAGGGGGCGGACGCGCUGCUGGGGGAGCUGCUCGGGGCGGAGGAGGACGCGUGGGAGCCGCGGCUGCGCGGCGCGGCGGAGGCCGGGGAGGUCACGGAGACGGCGCUGAUGGAGGCGCUGCAGCGGCGGAUGGAGGGCGCGGUGCUGAACCUGCCGAGCGGGUCGUACGCGCAGCGGAUCCAGGCCGAGUACCUGAAGGAGUUCGAGACGCGCGCGAGGGAGGUGUUCGCGUCCAUAGAGUGA